UAUUAAACACUCAUGCCUUAUUUUUAGUUAUUCCAUAGCCAUUAUAAACUCAACAGUCUAACCUCAUAUUUAAGAUGAAUCCUUCCUUUUUCUUUUUAAUACUUCUUUCACUGGCUUUCACUGGCCUAUUAGGAGGUUCCGUUAGAAGAUUUUGGCUUAAAACUGUAGUUGAUUGGGAAAAUAGAACAUGCUGGUCUAGUCGUACUGGUAUAGUAAAAUUUGGUGAAAAAAAAGAGGUGAUGAGAAAAUGUGCUGUAGUAUUUUGCGAUGCAAAAAAUGCGACGCUUAGAGGUUUGGGUUGUAGGGGCGUAAAUAGGCAUCCAGAAAUUGAGCCAUUCAAGCCUUUUCCGAGUUGCUGUAAAUCCCGUAACAAAAACAAACCACCAUCCAAACCGUGUUUGGAACCUGGUCGUUGCUCAGGCUUCAGGUUGGCUGGGUCAGUAACGGUCAGGAUUUAAUAUUAUAUUGCCAUCCAAUGGCCUAGAGGCAUAAAACAUAAUAAUUGCAUAAACAUAAUAAAGGCUUUGCGACAUUUGAA